AAAAUUUUACCAUCAUACGCCUAAAGAUGUUACACUUAACAAAAAUACGAAUUCUGUAAUCAAAACCAAAGAGAAUUUAAGUUUGAACCACAGAACACUUUUACUCUAAGCUUGAACUUCCAGUUUCCACUUUCCACCACGUUCAACUUUAAAUUUCAACAAAGAGUAAUUUCAAUCAAAACCCAAACCGGUAGAAUUGGAAAUGUAAAGUAUGGAUAUUUAGUUAAAAAUAUUUCUGUAAAUAGAUUAUUGCAUCACUUGGAAGGAUGGAGUUUAGUAAAAAACUCUCUGAGUGGGAUAAUGGCAAAGGUUUACGUGAACCAGUUAAAGCUUUAGAGGACAAAUGGAAGCUGGUGCCAUCAUUUCUAGAAGUUAAAGGUUUAGUUAAACAACACAUUGACUCUUUCAAUUAUUUCAUUAAUGUUGAGAUUAAGAAAAUAGUUCAAGCAAAUGAGAAAUUAUUCUGUGAGUCAGAUCCUCUAUUCUACCUCAAAUAUCUCAACGCCUAUGUGGGAACACCUGAUUUAGAAGAGGGAUUUAAUAUUACAAAGCCAACAACACCACAUGAAUGCCGUCUUCGGGACCUGACAUAUUCAGCACCAAUCACUGUUGACAUUGAGUAUAUAAGAGGCAACCAAAGAGUUAUUAAAAAUAAACAGCUUAUUGGGAGAAUGCCCCUUAUGCUGAGAUCUUCAAAUUGUGUUCUGACAAACAAAUCAGAUUUUGAAUUGUCUCAGCUUGAUGAAUGCCCACAUGAUCCAGGAGGCUAUUUUAUAAUAAGAGGUCAAGAAAAAGUAAUAUUAAUACAAGAGCAGUUGUCGAAGAACAGAAUGAUUGUUGAUGAGUUUAAGGGAGCUGUACAGUGCCAAGUGACCAGUUCAACACAUGAAAAGAAAACAAGAACUAAUGUAAUUCUGAAGAAUGGAAAAUAUGUGUUGAGACAUAAUGCUUUAUCGGAUGAUAUCCCAAUAGCAGUUGCUUUUAAAGCUAUGGGUAUAUGCAGUGAUCAAGAAAUAAUGCAGUUGAUUGGGACUGAUGAUAAAACAAUAAAAAAAAUGGCACCAUGCAUAAUGGAUUGUCACAAUUUGAAAAUUUAUACUCAGACUCAAGCACUUGCUUACAUUGGUCAUAAACUAAAACUAAAAAGGUAUCCAUCAGCAGCAGGUAAAGUUAAAACACCAAUAGAUGAGGCAAGGGAAUUGCUAGCGACAACCAUCUUGGCUCAUGUACCAGUUGACAAUUUUAAUUUUUAUGUCAAAGCUAUUUAUUUAGCAAUAAUGGUAAGAAGAGUGAUCGAAGCAGAAACUAAUAAAGUGGCCAUUGAUGACCCUGAUUACUAUGGAAACAAGAGAUUGGAAUUGGCCGGCUCUCUGUUAGCGCUGAUGUUUGAAGAUCUAUUCAAACGCUUCAAUUGGGAAUUAAAAUCUAUAGCUGAGAAAAUAAUACCGAAAGUGAAAGCUGCUCCUUUUGAUAUUGUGAAACACAUGAGACCGGAUCUUAUAUCAAAUGGAUUGUUUACAGCAAUUUCAACAGGAAACUGGACGAUUAAAAGAUUCAAGAUGGAACGGCAUGGUGUUACGCAGGUGUUAAGUCGUCUCAGUUAUAUCUCAGCCCUAGGAAUGAUGACUCGAGUGAACUCUCAGUUUGAAAAAACACGAAAGGUUUCUGGGCCGCGUUCAUUACAACCCUCCCAGUGGGGCAUGCUGUGUCCCUCUGAUACUCCCGAAGGAGAGGGAUGCGGUCUUGUGAAGAAUUUGGCAUUAAUGACGCAUAUUACUACGGAAUGCUCCGAGGAGCCUAUCUUAAGAUUGGCUUGCAACGCGGGAGUUGAAGAUGUUAGAAUAUUGGGUGGUGAAGAAAUUAAUCAUCCUGCUAAUUAUAUAGUGUUUUUAAAUGGCAACAUAUUGGGUGUUACAAGACAAUACAAGAAGCUCAUCAAAAUAUUCCGCAUGUUUAGACGUCGGGGACUAAUAUCGGCAUUCAUCUCUAUCUAUCCAAAUCACAACCAAAGAACUGUGUACAUAUGUAGCGACGGUGGUAGGCUCUGUAGGCCGUAUAUCAUUGUAGAGAAGGGAUUACCUCUGGUCAAGCAAAAACAUAUAAAUGAACUCAAAAGACGUCUGCGGAAAUUCCAAGACUUUCUCAAUGAUGGCAUGAUAGAGUAUUUAGAUGUCAAUGAAGAAAAUGAUAGUUAUAUUGCUACAGUAGAAGCUGAUAUAGAUCCGUAUGUGACAACGCAUUUGGAAAUUGAGCCGUUUACCAUAUUGGGUGUGUGCGCUGGCCUUGUGCCAUAUCCUCAUCACAACCAGAGUCCAAGGAACACAUACCAAUGCGCUAUGGGGAAACAAGCUAUGGGUACAAUUGGCUACAAUCAAAAGAACAGAAUCGAUUCGUUGAUGUAUAAUUUAGUAUACCCUCAAUGCCCAAUGGUAAAAACAAGGACAAUCGAAUUAACAAACUUUGAUAAAUUGCCGGCUGGUCAAAAUGCUACCGUAGCUGUGAUGAGCUACAGCGGUUAUGAUAUAGAAGAUGCUCUGAUUCUGAACAGGGCAUCCAUCGAUCGUGGCUAUGGGAGAUGCUUGGUAUACAAAAAUGCAAAAACAACGAUGAAAAGAUACAGCAAUCAAACAUCUGAUAGAAUCUUGGGUCCAUCGAGGGACGCUACUACUGGGAAAGUUAUAAAAGCACAUGACAUAUUGGACACUGAUGGUAUUGCAUCUCCGGGCGAAAUGGUCGAAAACCGACAAGUUCUGAUCAAUAAACAAAUGCCUCCCGCCAACGUCACUCCCGUAGCUCAAGGACAGAUUCAACAAAUUGAAUAUAAAGACGUACCUGUAACAUAUAAGGGACCAGUGGAAUCCUACGUUGAAAAGGUUAUGGUCUCUUCUAACGCCGAUGAGGCUUGUCUUAUCAAAAUGUUAUUGAGGCAAACGCGAAUUCCGGAGAUUGGUGAUAAGUUCAGUUCUCGGCAUGGACAAAAAGGCGUCACAGGUCUUAUUGUCCAGCAAGAAGAUAUGCCCUUCAAUGAUAGAGGAAUCUGUCCAGAUAUGAUCAUGAACCCACAUGGGUUUCCAUCGCGUAUGACAGUAGGAAAGACUAUUGAAUUGCUUGCGGGUAAAGCUGGUCUGAUGGAAGGGAAAUUCCACUAUGGUACCGCUUUUGGAGGCUCUAAAGUAAAAGAUGUCUGCAAGGAGCUCGAAAAACAUGGUUAUAAUUAUCAAGGCAAAGAUAUAUUUUAUUCGGGUUUGACGGGCGAACCUCUUGAGGCGUACAUUUAUUCUGGGCCGGUGUAUUACCAGAAGCUGAAGCACAUGGUACAAGACAAGAUGCAUGCCCGGGCGCGAGGGCCGCGAGCGGUUCUCACGCGGCAGCCCACAGAGGGGCGCGCGCGGGACGGGGGGCUGCGACUCGGGGAAAUGGAGAGGGACUGUCUGAUUGGCUACGGAGCGAGUAUGUUGCUGAUGGAGCGGCUCAUGUUCGCGUCGGACGCGUUCAGCGCCGACAUCUGCGGUGCGUGCGGCCGCCUGGCCAGUCGCGCCUGGUGCCACGCGUGUCGCUCGUCCGCGCGGGUCGCGAGCGUCGAGAUGCCGUACGCGUGCAAGCUGCUCUUCCAGGAGCUGGCUUCCAUGAACAUAGUGCCGCGACUUACUCUUAAGCGUUAUUGCUGAAUAAACUGUCAUACAUA